GAUUCCUUGGCCUGGAGUUGAUAAAAAGAGGAAGAACCAAUUUUAGGUACAGGCGCGUUCAUAAAUUUAUUUAUCCCUUGCUAUUUUAAGAACAAAGAAUCUCCCACGAAAAAUCUUUCCUUUUUUUCAUCUCUUCUAGUUUUCUUCUUCCCUGUUUUGUUUCUUUUAACUAUCUAGCUUGUAUUGGAUUUGUUUAAUCAAAUUCCAAUUGAAUCGGAAGGAUGGUGGUGAAGAUGAUGAAGUGGUCGCCGUGGCCGACUCUGGCCACCAGAAGGUACAAGGUGAAGGUGAAGUCCAUGAAGCUCCUCCUAGGAUGUUCGGAUGAUGACGACGACGACAUUGAUCAUAGUGCUUGCGCUCUAGAUCAAGGAGACGUUGAGGAAAAGGUUAUAGCCAUCAAGAUGAGAUGGAAAGGCGAACCCAAGUUUGGAUUGGUCCCUUUUCAUCUACCAUCCUCCAAACAAUGCAGACAUUUUUCCAGGGAAAAGGUUGUGAAGAAAUUGGAGGAAGGAAAUAUUAAGGCCAUUGAAUGGAAUGGUGAUGAGGUGUUGGAGUUGGAGAAUUUCUGCAGCUUUACAAUUGUGUCAACCAGUCAAGAUGGUCGUCCAAAGUUUGCUCCUUGGGAUGUGUCCUUCAGUCUUUUAUAUGUACAGAAGAAGAAGAAGACAGAGAGCAGCAAGGGUAAAUUGGUGGUGAUUGGAAGGGCCUCCUUGAAUAUAGCGGAGAUGGCUGGGAGGAUGAUGGAGCCUUCUCCUGAUGAUUAUGAUCUUCAUCAAGAAGUUGAAGCAAAACUUCCCAUCAAUCUACAGAUUGGAGGGAUUACCAAAGAAGCCCAUUUCCUGGUGCUGAUGGAUGUUGCUGAGAUAAGGGAUUCGCACGACUCGGUCCCUAACUCGGUUGACUCAAGUGGAGUAUGGAACGGAGGCGGGGCAACUCGGAUGAGUCAUCCGGAGGAGUUGACAAGGAAGAUGGUGGGGAAGCCAACUCGGUCAAUGACUCGGGACCGUGCUCGGACGCGCAAAUGGAACCGGCGAAGAAAAUGGGGCUGUUCUCUUGGAAAAGGAGGCGGUUAA